AGUCUAACGAUUCAGUCAGUGGUUGAAUCUUUGAACAGUUUCACGGUUUGUUUUAAUUUGACUACGUUUCAUCUUCUAGGAUUAAAGAGGUGGAUUUUCUCGACUGUUUGGCUUGAAUCUCGUUUCCCGUGUCGCCGUGGGAAGGCACUGUGAGAACCAGACACAGACGGAGCACAGGUCUCUUCUUUAUUUAAAAGACUUUUAAGAUCAACGGCUCCUCGCGCAGAGCAGGGAAAAGGACAGAAAAAUGCCAAAAGCGGUCAACGUUCGUGUCACCACCAUGGACGCUGAGCUGGAGUUUGCCAUCCAGCCCAGCACCACUGGCAAGCAGCUGUUUGAUCAGGUGGUGAAAACCAUCGGGUUACGUGAAGUCUGGUACUUUGGACUACAGUACAUAGACACUAAAGGUUACCACACCUGGCUAAAACUGGACAAAAAGGUGUCGUCCCAGGAUGUUAAAAAGGAAAACCCACUGCAGUUCAAGUUUCGCUCUAAGUUCUUCCCAGAGGACGUUUCGGAGGAGCUGAUCCAGGACAUCACCCAGAAGCUGUUCUUUCUGCAGGUGAAAGAGAGCAUCCUGUGUGACGAGGUUUACUGCCCUCCUGAGACAGCCGUACUGCUGGCCUCCUACGCUGUUCAGGCAAAGUUCGGAGACUACACCAAAGACGUGCAUCGACCUGGAUAUCUACUGUCUGACCGGAUGCUGCCACACAGAGUCCUGGAGCAGCACAAGUUAUCCAGAGAGCAGUGGGAGGAGAGGAUUCAGGUGUGGCAUGAGGAGCACAAUGGGAUGUUAAAGGAGGAUGCUAUGCUGGAAUAUCUGAAGAUCGCACAGGACCUGGAAAUGUACGGAGUCAACUACUUUGACAUCAAGAACAAGAAAGGAACAGAGCUGAGGCUUGGAGUGGACGCACUGGGACUCAACAUUUAUGAGAAGGAUGACAAAUUGACCCCAAAGAUUGGCUUCCCCUGGAGUGAGAUCAGAAAUAUUUCCUUCAAUGAUAAGAAGUUCAUCAUCAAGCCCAUAGACAAAAAGUCUCCAGAUUUUGUGUUUUAUGCACCGAGACUGCGCAUCAACAAGCGCAUCCUGCAGCUGUGCAUGGGCAACCACGAGCUUUACAUGCGCCGCCGCAAGCCAGACACAAUUGAAGUGCAGCAGAUGAAGGCGCAGGCCAGAGAGGAGAAACAACAGAAACAGCAGGAGAAGGCGCAACUGGAGAAUGAGAAGAAGAAGAGAGAGGCCAUCGAGAAGGAGAAGGAGCGAAUGGAGGUGGAAAAGCAGGACCUGAUGAUGAGGCUGUUACAAUUUGAGGAGAAGACCAAGAAGGCAGAGAGAGACCUGGAGGAGCAGAUUCAGAGAGCCGUAUGUCUUGAUCAGGAGCGGAGGAGAGCUGAGGAAGAGGCGGCUCGUCUGGGGGCAGAGCGUCAGGCUGCCCUGCUAGCUAAAGAGGAGCUUGCUCGUCAGGCUGAGGACCAGAAGAAGAGUCAGGAGCAGCUGGCUGCUGAGCUGGCUGAGCACACAUCUAAGAUCAAUUGCUUGGAGGACGCCAGGAGACAAAAGGAGCACGAGGCCAUCUGCUGGGAGCAGAGGGCUAAGGAAGCCCAGGCCGAUCUGAUGAAGACCAAGGAGGAGCUUCACAUGGUGAUGACCACACCACCUCCCCCACCACCUCCUCCUCCUCCAAUGGAAGACCACGUGGACGACAACAGUGACAGUGAGGAGAACACCAGCACGCACAGCGCUGACCUGCAGAAUGAAGGCAUCAACGACCACCGCAACGAGGAGGACCGCCUCACUGAGGCCGAGAAGAAUGAGCGUGUGCAGAAACAGCUGAAGGCUUUGACCUCAGAGUUGGCUCAGGCACGUGAUGAAUCCAAGAACACCCAGAAUGACCUCCUCCACAGCGAAAACAUUCGGCAUGGCCGAGACAAGUACAAGACCCUGCGACAGAUCCGGCAGGGCAACACCAAGCAGAGAAUCGACGAAUUUGAGGCCUUGUAAGCAGUCUUAGCACCCUUUCUGAAUGGUCACUAAAUCACGCUCCUCAGCUGACGCACAUCAACACAAACACACAAACUCAUGUACCACACAGCAGAUGAAACUGGAGCAGUUAAAGCACAGCAGAAGCAUCGCUUACGGAGGGACAUGCUUCUGUUGUGGGUUUGCAGGGCUUUGCAAAUCCUCUGAACACAACUCGGUGCCAAAACCUUUCUCUUUGUAGUGUUCCACAUCUUAUUUGUGUAUUUGAAUGUGUAUAAUUUGAUCAAUUCAGACCAAAUCAUCACUGUUUUAUCCAGAGGUGUGAUGAAUUAGUUGGGAGUAGAAAAUUUUAUCAUUGUUAUUAUUAUUUUAUGAUGUGCACAUAUAUGUAAUCAAAGCCUCGCCUGUUUUUCAUGUCUGUCAUUUGUUGUGUCUAAGAAAAGGGCAGUUAGUCAUUGUAGCGACCACUCAGAAAGGGGAAAACAGUAUAAGCAGUUGUUUUCCAUUGUAUUUGAACACUUUCAUUUAUGUUUAAUAUCGCUAUACAGUAGCUUCAAAUCAUGCCUAGAUUGAUAUUUAUACUGUAUAUGGGACAUUAAAAAGGGUAUUUCAUCUUGGUUUGUAUAUUUUUGCUAUCUACUAAUGACAAUGAAAACAUUUAAUAUGUUCAAAGGUUUUAUAUAUUGACCAAAAUAAUAGUCGUCUUAUGUUCCAGUACAUUUUACUUUAGAUCACUAAAUUAAAGAGAUAUAAUGUAAAUUAUUAUUAUUUUUUACUGUAGAAACUAUUCAGCUGAAUGCCAUAAAAUCAGGUAAGGAGACAGCUUUCUUUUAGGUACUUUUGAUGAUUAUUUUUUGCAGUGCAGUUCACAGAAAGCUGAGAGUUGUUUUAUACUCAGAGCACUGUGUUGACUGGAACACUUAGUUUUAUUUUAUUUUAUUUCUCUGUUUGGUGUCAUGUCCAUGUUUAUUUGCAGAUGAGCAUUUUGUGCUGCUACCCUCCCAAGUGGCCUUUCUCUCUGGCUCUACAGGGCCCAGACAGUCAGUCUUUAUUCUUAGCCAAGAUGCAUAGACACAAAAUACAGAUGUUAUUUUACUUCUUUUAGUGUUUGACCUCCAAUGAGGUGAAAAUGAGGGUUGAGGUGAACUUUAUCAAGGGUUUUGUGGACUGACUCAGACAGUAUAUCACCAAUCUCUCUCUCUCUCUCCUCUAUGUGGACAUGGAGUAGCAUCUACUGACACUGUAAUGGAAACACACAGCUCUGCUGGCCUUUGUAUAUGAGCAGGAUUUCAUAAUGAGGUGUUACACGUUACAUAUAUACAUGUUGGCAAUAAAUAAAAAAAUCUAUGACUUCA